AUGGUUUGCCAAUCGAACUCGUUGGACGACGUCAAGAAGCAAGCAGAGAUCAUAGCGGUACUCAUCGAUACCAUUCAAAUCAAAUUGAAAGAUCCGGCACUGGUUUGGGAGUUGAUAGAUUUGCUACCGGUCAUUCUACAAUCGAUUAAAUCGUGUACACAAAACGAUAUCUCAAAGUUGGACAUGGUUCACAAUCUCUACAGUAUUCUCUACCUCGUUGAACCAAUACAAUUCGAUCGCUACAUAUCGUCUACACCCGACACCUGUUGGACAAUGUUAUACGAUCUACUCUACGUACUAAACUCACUUCUCUCAACAUCCAACACCUAUCCCGAUAACUGGUUAACCCUUACCAUGUUCCAAUAUUCAACUGUUAAAAAAGUUAUCAUCCAAGUCAGUAAAUAUCUAUUGAAAAAGUUAAAUAGUGCACAAACAUGGGGACAAUUGGAUUUAGAUUUAUGGUCAAUAUUCUUUACAUUAUCAAAUACUUAUUUCAAGUUGAAAGGAUUAGCACUUGAACACUUUAGUGAAGCCAAACAAAAGACUAUCAAAUCAAGAUAUGGUGAUAUGAGAAAUGAUUUAAUUGUUACCAUUCAAAGAAUGUGGGAAUCACUUGAGAAACAUCAAAUCAAAUUAUUACCAACUGUUAUUGGUCCAUUCUUAGAGUUAAUGUUGAUUAAUCAACCAAAUCUUAAACAACUUGGUAUCAAUCUAUACUAUCAAUUGUUAAGAUGUGAAUACAAAGAAUAUAAAUCAUUUAAAAAAGUUGAAACUGAAACUAUUAAUACUUUGGAUCAAAUUACCAACACUGAAGCUGCGGAUAUCUUGGAUGAGAAAUUCAGAAUUUAUUUCUCAACAAAUUUGGAAGAAAAGAUGAAUUUAGAUAGUUUAAUUAAAGAACCUGGUAAGAUAUUCAUUAAGGAUAUGACAAUGUUUUUGGAGUUGUUGUUUGCUCUUAGAACUCUACCGGAUCGUCCAGAGUUUGAAGACGAUAGAACUAUUGCUGCUAUGCAGUUGAUGGCAUAUCUCAAACAAACCGAUAGACAAGAUACAUACAUUAAAUAUGUACAUCUACUGUGUAAUCAACAUCUUUCCAAUAACAACUACACUGAAGCCGGUAACACAUUGAUGUUACACGCCGAUCUUUUACACUGGUCAGACUCACCAAUGGAAGAGUUGAGCUUUGUCGAUGGAUUCCGUGCACAAACUCAACGUGAACGUAAGGAGCGUCUCUUCAAGUUGGCAAUCGAAUAUCUCGAUAAGGGUAAGGCAUGGGAGCGUGCCAUCACUCUGAUGAAACAACUGAUUGUUCAGUACGAAGAGGUGUUGUUUGACUAUCAGAAGCUGGCCGAUAUCCUACAGCAACAAUCGACAUUCUAUCGAAAGGUGAUCGGUGUCGAACGUUUCUUCUCAGAGUACUUCAAGGUUGGCUAUUUCGGUCGUGGAUUCGACCAAGCCAUCCAAGGAAAAGAGUUUAUCUACAAGGGAUUCGAGCUCGAGCGUAUGAGUGACUUUGUGCAGAGAAUCAACGCCAAAUUCCCCAAUGCAACACUUCUCACCUACACAGAGACACCGCCACCAGAGAUAACCGGUAGCUCAGGACAGUAUCUUCAGAUCUACGCCGUCAAACCGGCACCGUCCGAACCGAAACAACCCAACACCAUUGCAACCAACACCGCCGCCACCACUGGCACUGGCAAAUCAAUGCCAAUUCAAGUACAGAAAUACAGACAACACAAUAAUAUCAACACAUUUAUCUAUUCCAAGCCAUUCAAGAAAUCGAAACAACAAGCUGCAGAUGGAUCGACAAGCAGCAGCAGCGGUAAUAAUGAAUUUGGUGAUCUUUGGAUUACCAACUAUCAUUUCGUCAUUCAAGAUACUUUCCCAACGAUUCAUAGACGUUCGGAGAUUGUUCGUCGUUACGAGAUCAAUUUGAGUCCGAUUGAUAAUGCCGUCAAUACCGUGAGUGGAAAGAACAGCGAGUUGAUGGAGAUGUGCAACAAACACGAACAUGGCAAUGAAUCAAAUAUCAGUCCAUUCACUAUGGUUUUGAAAGGUGUUAUCGAUGCAGCGGUCAACGGUGGUGUCAACAUGUACAAACAGGUAUUCUUCUCGAAACAGUAUCUCGAGGAGAACAAAGACAAACUGGAUUCCGUUGAGAAAUUGAAAACUUCGCUCACCUCACAAGUUCAAAUCUUAAAGCGUUGUCUAUCGAUUCACUCCAAAGUUUGCUCACAAGAGAUGGGUGGAUUACAAGAACAACUUGAAAUUCAAUUUGAAAAGAUGAAAUCUGAACUUGAUAUAUAG